AUGUCAUUUUGCAACAGCUCCAGCUUCGCCCCAGUGCUUUUCACCCUGAAUGGCAUCCCAAGUCUGGAGGCCCUACAUGCCUGGCUCUCCCUCCCUUUCUGCUCCAUAUAUGUCAUCGCCACGGUGGGGAACUGUGGACUUCUGUACCUCAUCUAUCAUGAGGAGGCACUACACCAGCCCAUGUACUACUUCCUGGCCAUGCUGUCCUCCACAGACCUGGUCCUGUGCAGCAGCACAGUGCCCAGAAUGCUUCUUCUCUUCUGGUUCGAUUUAAGGGAGAUUGACUUCAGUACCUGCCUCAUCCAGAUGUUCGUUGUCCACACCUUCACGGGAAUGGAAUCCGGAGUCCUCAUGCUCAUGGCCCUGGAUCGCUAUGUGGCCAUCUGCUACCCUCUGAGAUACUCCACCAUCUUGACCAACCCCAUCAUCGCCAAGGCUGGGCUGGUCACUUUCCUCAGGGUGGCUGUUCUGAUUAUUCCCUUCACUGUCCUGACCAAGAGACUGCCCUUCUGUCGGAGCCACGUCAUCCCCCACACCUACUGUGACCACAUGUCUGUGGCCAAGUUGUCCUGUGGUAACAUCAAAGUCAACACAAUCUAUGGGCUGAUGGUUGCCAUUCUAAUUGGAGGAUUUGACAUCUUCUGUAUUUCUGCAUCCUACACCGCUAUCCUCAGGGCCGUGGUGAGCCUGUCUUCGGCGGAAGCUCAGCGCAAAGCUUUCAGCACCUGCACUGCUCACAUCUCUGCCAUCGUCAUCAGCUACGUGCCGGCUUUCUUCACCUUCUUCACCCACCGCUUUGGGGGCCACACAAUCCCCCACCACGUAAGCAUCAUCAUUGCCAAUCUGUACCUGCUGCUGCCCUCGACGAUGAACCCCGUCAUCUAUGGGGUGAAGACCAAGCAGAUUCAGGAAGCGGUUGUCAGGCUUUUGGGUGGGAAAAGGGGCAAUGACCCCUAA